UAUGGAAGUAUAUAUCAAAACACUGAAGUUCCAUUUAAAUAUACUGAUGGUCAUAUUACAAUAUUCAAGAUAUAUUCCCGGAUGGAAUUUACGAACAUCAACUGCACUGCAAUGGAUCCGAAAGUCGGGGAGUUCGAUUACUGCUAUCUGAAGUCUGUGAAUCGCUCCUAUAAAUAUUUCUCCGCAAGAUAUAAACUUUAUGUUCUUCCCGUCAAGGCUAUGAGGAUAAAUGUUUCAUUGUGGAAGAGAUAUAAUGGUUAUAAGCCCUUUCUAUACAAUGUUACUUUUGAUGCCUGCAAAUACCUUGGCAACAUCAACUCCAAUCGUGUGAUCAAGUUCUUUUACGAAACGUUUGCGGGCUUCUCCAAUGUGAACCACACAUGUCCCUACAAUCAUGAUAUCAUUAUAGAAAAGCUUCCGACUGACUUCGUCAAUCAACGGGUAACUGAAAUUCUUCAAUUUCCUGAAGGGGACUAUCUCGUUGAAUUACGUUGGAUUCGUUCCGGAAAUUUAAGUGCAAUGUUCAGAUUAUAUGGAACCCUCUCUUAAA